AUGGAUGAAGAAUACGACGUCAUCGUGUUAGGUACCGGGCUCACGGAGUGCAUUCUCUCUGGAUUACUCUCUGUGGAAGGCAAGAAGGUUCUCCAUAUGGAUCGAAACGACUAUUAUGGCGGCGAUAGUGCCUCGUUGAACCUCACGCAGCUCUACCGCAAAUUCAGGCCGGACCAAGCGCCGCCAGCUGAGCUCGGCAGGGAUCGCGACUAUGCCAUCGAUCUCAUCCCCAAGUUUAUCAUUGCGUCUGGAGAGUUGACAAAGAUCCUCGUCCACACCAAUGUUACACGCUAUCUCGAAUUUAAGCAGAUUGCGGGAUCGUUCGUCUACCGAGACGGCAGGAUUUCAAAGGUCCCAAGCACGGAGAUGGAGGCCGUAAAGUCUCCUCUUAUGGGCCUCUUUGAGAAACGGCGCGCAAAGCAGUUCUUCGAAUUCCUUCAGAAUUGGAAGGAUGAUGAUCCAGCAACGCAUCAGGGCCGCAACCUCGACACUGAACCAAUGGAAUCGAUUUAUGCGUACUUCAAGCUCGAGCCCGGAACCCAGGACUUUAUUGGUCAUGCCAUGGCUUUGUACCUGGACGACGAUUACAAGAAGAAACCGGCACGACAAACCUACAACCGAAUCAUUCUGUACACAUCGUCGAUGGCUCGAUGGGGCAAAUCACCCUACCUCUAUCCGCUUUAUGGAUUGGGAGAGCUGCCACAGGCCUUUGCUCGUCUAUCGGCCAUCUACGGUGGCACCUACAUGCUAGACAAAAAGGUCGACGAGAUUGUUCUCGACAGCCAGGGCAAGUUCGUUGGUGUCCGCUCCGGCGACGAGACGGUAAAGGCCAAACAGGUCAUUGGUGACCCAUCCUACUUUGGAGCAGGCGCUACCGGUGCAGGUGCUGGCAAGAUGAGAGUCGUUGAAGAGCACAAGGUUGUGCGUGCAAUUUGCAUCCUCAAGCACCCCAUUCCCGGAACAGAUGACAGCGAUUCUGCCCAAAUUAUCAUCCCACAAAACCAAGUAGGCAGGCGAAAUGACAUUUAUAUCGCCAUGGUCUCGUCGACCCAUAACGUCUGCUCAAAGGACAUUUAUGUGGCAAUUGUCAGCACGAUCAUUGAAACCGAUAAGCCAGAGCUGGAGAUCCGACCUGGACUCGAGCUCUUGGGCCCAAUUCAUGAGAAGUUUGUCUCUAUCAGCCCUCUGUUUACUCCCACCUCUUCUGGCAAAGAGGACAACAUCUUCAUCACCCGUUCUUACGACGCGACAUCUCACUUCGAGACUGUGGUGGAGGAUGUGCAAGAUGUCUGGAAGCGCGUUAUGGGUUCUGACCUUGUGCUCAAGGAGCGGGAGAUUGAGCCGACCGAGUAA